ACCUGGCUGAGCGACUAACAACGUCAAACACGUUUCACCUAAGUACAUUGCAGCUCUGUCAAGAAGCCGAACUUACAGUGAGGGUUAUAGCAGCCGGACGUAUCUAAGCGUUUCCACAAGAAUUGUUAACGAUGUUUUCUCUCUUGAUGCCAAUCCUAAUGAUGGUGAUGACGUCACCACGACCAAACGUCGUUGGUUGGCCGUUGACGAGGGAAAAACACACCGAGACGUUUCCCCCGUGUCAACCUUUCAGCGUGUGUGCAUACGUGCAACUCAACUAUCAGGGGUGGAGCUACCAAGAGCUGUGCAGCUGUCAAAACGGCUUCUCCUGCCCUCUGGUGUGGAACGUAAGGGAUGGGCAUACGAUUUCCCAUGGCAACGAUCAAUACAAGUAUUGUGAGGAAGCCCCUAGGUUAAAACUCUGCACCAAUAAAGACGUUGUGUACAGCAACUAUUUAGAAAUGUCCGAUUUUACCGGCGAGACAUUGACCAACACAGUACGUAUCCACUGCAAGUGUCCAGCGACUCAUAAGUUCGCCAGAAAUAGCAGUUCUUUCUCCCAGUAUGAACAAGGGGUCACAGCUAUAAGUGUUAAGUCACACUGCAAACUGCCACCUAUGUGUGAACCCACCGAUCCAUGCCUGACAGUAACCGACUCCUUCGAAGGUAAACGUUUCGUCAGUCGGAAGUGCUCGUGUCCCGUCGGGUACUUCUGUCCCAGGGAUGUUGGACUGGCGAUAGAGCGUGUAGAGAUGGACAAGGGCAGAUACUAUAUAAUACCAUGUUUUCCAUCAUUUCACGGCAUGAUGUAGGCAGAUUCAGAAAGGAAAAUACAUUCGAAAUCAGUGUUGUAAAAUAAGUUAAUGUCUUUCUCUCUCUCUCUCUAAACCUUCGUCAAACUUAAAAAAAAAAGUAAUUAUUAUUUUUUUUACCACGCAUUAAAUAUAAAAAUUGGCGAUUUGAAUUUUUAUCGAUAAUGUUUAGUUUCUCAGAAAUUAUCAGUUUUUUUCAUACCGAAUUAAACCACUUUGACUUCUAGAUGUGGGCAAACUUUAGCGACCUCAUUUCUUUGUUGUUGUUGGUAUCGAAAAUCAUUUAAAAAAGGCACGUUUGUCGUCAUUAAUUUAUCCAGUCUAGUGACAAAAACAUUUGGCUGUCAUCACUUUGAUAAUGGUAUAUAAUUAUUGAAUACACACGUGAUGGCAUUUAAUAUACAAAUAAGUAUAAUUUAACUCGUAUUUUUUGGUUUUUAUCGUGAAAUAUAUUUUUAAUGUCUAUUUCUAAUUUGAGCAUCAAUACAAAUACUUGGUAAUGGUUAUUAACCAAUUAACUGGUUUAAGAUCAAGAUGGUAUUUCAUUAAAUGAUUACUCAUUAAACUGAUAUUAAAAAAACACACGUAACUAACCAAAUAUCGGUUGUUAGGCCACCCAAACCAACAAGGGAAGGAGCAGCUUAACAGCUGAAGCUUUAAGUUUUUUUAAAAAAAACCCACACUGACAAUUUAUUUACUUCCCAGAUUUUGUAAGGGAAAAAAUUGUAUGUAAUUUACUAUUACGCUGUAAAUAAAUAUAAAAAAAUUGUAUGUUAUUACAAGAGAAGAUGUAAUUUCAAAGAUAAAUAAAUACAGA